GUUGCAGGUCGGACUGUAUAGGAUGUAGUGCCGAUGGUCCCAUCUUAGCUACAUUGUAUUCAAGACAGCAGAGAGGAGAGCGGAUCCGUCCAUAUUACAGCUGCUGUAUCAGGUUACUGACAGCUCUUCCACAAGUGGCCCCGGUGCCAGGAUGGACCCCCCUGGAGCACAAGAUGAGAGGGGGCUCCAGCAGGAGCGGUUGCGUAGGGAGGAAGCGUACUACCACUUCAUCAACAGCCUGACAGAGGAGGAGUACCGCCUGAUGCGGGACAGCAACUUGUUGGGCACACCAGGCGAGGUGACGGCUGAGGAGCUGCGGCAGCGUUUAGACGGUGCUAAGGAGCGGCUUUCGGUGCAGCCACACCCACCGAGCAGCGAGGUGGGAGUGGAGGACGGGAGCAGCGGAGCUGCAGGCGAGGCAUCUCAUGGGGAUUCACUACUUGAGUGGUUGAACACAUUCCGGCGCACGGGCAACGCCACACGCAGCGGGCAGAGUGGCAACCAGACGUGGCGCGCAGUGAGCCGCACCAACCCCAACAGUGGCGAGUUCCGCUUCAGCCUGGAGAUCAAUAUCAACCAUGAACAGCCAGAGCCUGCUGACCUGCCAGGCCCCACCCAGGCCCUUCCUAGCCCAACUCAGGCCCAGCCUGGCCCCGCCCGUCUUUCACAUUACCCCCCUGCCCGGCACGCUCUCACCCCCUCGGCCCGGCUGGUCCAGAGCAGGAGGCAGCAGGCGAGACGUGGCCGUGGGAGCCCUGCCCCCUUCCUGGCCAUUCCUGAAGCCAGUGGCCUUCCAGAACCUGUGACAACUCACACCGCCCCUGCCCCGCCCUCCUUUACCCCCCUGGGACAAGGCGGUAUCAACACUGCAAAUGCAGUCGGUGAACGAGAGCCACCUCCUGCUCUGGAGUGCCCCCGUGUGUCCGCGCAUCCCCUCCCCCCAGAGGCCCCGCCCCUCCCCCAAGAGGUGAUGCCCACCCACGAGCCUCGCAGCAGCCGGACUCGAGCACGAGGGCGUGGACGCAGGACCCGGGCAGGCAGCUUGGCUGGUGGUCACCGCAGGGGGUCUCAACGCAGCCGCUCCCCGCUGCACCGGGGCCACACCCAGGAGCAGCCACAAGCUGCAGCCAUGGAGACUGAGGAGCCUGCCACCAGUGAAAUGGCAGAUGCCACCCCUGAUGAGGUGGAGUCGCAGGCCCCCAGUGCAGGUGGCGCCACCCGCCGGCACCCCACGAUCAUGCUGGACCUACAGGUGCGGCGGAUCCGGCCAGGAGAGAGCCGGGACCGGGACAGUGUGGCGAGCCGCACACGCUCACGGCUUCGCAUGGCUGAAAACACAGUGACCUUCGAAAGUGACAGUGGCGGCUUCCGCCGCACCAUCUCUCGCUCGGAGCGUGCUGGCGUGCGCACUUAUGUUAGCACCAUCCGCAUCCCGCUGCGCCGCAUCUCCGAAACGGGCCUGGGCGAGCCCAGCUCUGCUGCCCUGCGCUCCAUCCUGCGUCAGAUCAUGACUGGCUUUGGUGAGCUCAGUUCCCUCAUGGAAACGGAGGCUGAUGCUGAGGCGGGCGGUCCCCCCCCACAGGCCCUCCGUGAUGGCGGAGGCCCAGGGCCCCGAGAGCCGGCUGAAGGGCGUGGCAACAAUGGGGCAGGACCCAUGGAGGAGGAGGAGGAGCGGAGGCGGACGGGUGGGGCACCGGGCAGGGACACCAACAACCUGGUGGAGAACGGCACGCUCCCCAUUCUGCGUCUGGCACACUUCUUCCUACUGAAUGACGAGGAGGAUGAGGAGCAUCCACGAGGCCUGACCAAAGAGCAGAUCGACAACUUGUCCACGCGCACCUAUGGCCAGGCUGGCCUGGAGGCGGAUGUAGGCCGCGCCUGCAGUGUGUGCAUCAGCGAGUAUGCACAGGGCAACAAGUUGCGCCGGUUGCCCUGUGCACAUGAGUUCCACGUCCACUGCAUAGACCGCUGGCUGUCUGAGAACAACACUUGCCCCAUCUGCAGGCAGCCUGUGCUCCACGCCCACAGGGGCUGACCCCACCCUCCGGCGGGUAACCCCCGCCAACUCCGUGCUAACCAGUCAUCAGUUCAGCUUCAUUGUUCUACAGAAUUGAGUCAGUGCGUUAAAUUAAGAGCAGAGCCAAAAACCAAACAUGACAAUAACCCAGAGAGGUAACAAACCUUUAUUUUUUUAGACUUUCAGUUCCAGCACUUCCUUGCUAGGACAUCACAGAUGGCUUUCCUUAAUUUCAGCAUCACGUCACGAAGCAUUUGGUUUGUUUGAGAAAUGAGUCCUGCAGCUGACCAAUGUCCCAGCCCCCAUAGACUGAGCAUUAGCAUGUAAAUAAUCAGUGAACAGACAUGAACUGCACUGUGGUUCUGCCAGCACGCAAUGUCUUGCAGCUGUUCAUGCAAUGCAGAGUGGCGGCCUGCGGGGGCACUGUGGCCAUGCCUUCUGCGGACUGUCCCCCCACGUUGGGGCUGCAACCCUGCGUGCUCACAGGAGAGCUGUCUUGUUGGCUGUGUAAAUAAUCCGGCGAAUGUAGGCGGCGUCCAUCCGUAUGUUGCCUCUAACAAGAAGCCAAACUGCUCAGUGCUGGCUGCAGCUGCCACACCUACUCCCUAAAGCUGUGAGAAUUUAUUCAGACACUAUGUACUGCCGCCUACUGGUAAUAGAAAUGUUCCAUUAUUGACAGUGUUUUGGGUAACAGUGCCAACAGUGGUCAUAUUGUUCUUUGUACUUAAUAAGCAUAUUACACAUUGUACCCAGACACCUGAAGGGUCAGUCCCUGUGCCCCCCCAAGCACAGCACAUGCGGCUCCCUGUUCUUACCAGAAGGAGACAGCAGUACAGCCCCAGAAAUACAUGAACUAUCUCUUGAAUCCAUUUUCAUCCAUGUUUCUCUGUGACCACUUUGGAGAUGGACAUUAAGGUAUGUGCUGAAAACCAUCAUGUUCUUUUGCCCUGUGGAAGUUCUGUUAUAUUUGCUGUUGCUUCCUUACUUGGCCUGGGGUUGGGUUUCUGUCUUACCUGAAGGUCAGGAUAAACUCAAUAAAAGAGAAUCAACAGAUGUA